CGGCGCGACUCAGCUCGGGGAAGAUGGCGGCCGCGGCUCAGGCGCUCAGCUGCUCCGGGUUGCUGCUGGCCGCCGCCGCCCUGGCUCUCUUGGCUGUGGCCAUCGGCACCGACUCGUGGUACGAGACUGACGCGCGGCGGCACCGCGAUCGCUGCCGGGGUUUUGGCCACAAACGCAACGCCAACAACGAUCCGCCGGGCUCCAUGUCGGCGCCCAACCCGCACCUGCCGCUGCGCGCCCGCCUGCCGCGGGCCCUCGUGCCCGGCCGGACCCCGCUGCCCGCCUCGCUCCCCGCUGCCGCCCUCGCCCUGGAAUCGCACUGCGGCCGCCGCUUCAACUCCACCGUCUCCGGUCUCUGGCGGCGUUGCCACCGCGCGGGCUUCGAACCAGAGAGCGAGGAGCUAAUCCGGAAAGGAGUUAUUCAGCGGUGCACAGCUGUGAAGUAUCACUACACCUCAUCGUCCCUGCCACGCAACCUGCCUGCCAAUAUUACUAACACCAUCCGUCAGGAUGAGUGGCAUGCCCUCCAUCUGCGGAGAAUGACUGCUGGCUUCAUUGGUAUGGCUGUCUCCAUCAUCCUCUUUGGAUGGAUCAUUGGCAUGCUGGGCUGCUGUAAACAGCAUGAACUUAUGCAAUAUGUAGCUGGACUGCUCUUCCUUAUGGGAGGUACGUGUUGCAUCAUCUCCCUUUGCACAUGUGUGGCUGGAAUAAACUUUGAGCUGUCUCGUUACCCCCGCUAUGUCUAUGGGCUACCAGAGGACAUCAGUCAUGGCUACGGCUGGUCCAUGUUCUGUGCCUGGGGAGGCUUGGGACUAACACUUCUGGCAGGAUUCCUAUGCACAUUAGCCCCCUCCCUCAAUACUCCUCGGACUGUUGUACAGAAACCCAGACAGGAAAAUGGUGCAGUGUGAUAACCACAGAAAGAAAAGCACAAGAGACUCUAGCAAGCACAGUUCAGCUCCAACAGUAGGGUGUUGCCAACACAGUGUGGGCAUCAGAGAAUCAUGGAGAAGUGUGGUUCCCUCUGCGGAACAAUCUAAGGGAUUAAAAUUGCUUUCACAGAGACCUGUAGGAACAUCACUCUUGGAUUCUUCAGCCUGCCUGUCUUUAAUACAACCAUGCUGGCCAGGGUUAUUUCUUGUUCCUGGCUUGCCUGAAGGAAAAUUUUGUUAAAUUGCGUGUGAUGCCGUAAGGGUCUACAUACUGUUAUGUUGAAUCAAAUUUCUGCUAGAAGCAGAAGCCACUGUGAAUUUCCUUUGGUAUCCCAUGACCUUGGAGAACUCCAUUUCUGACAAAACUCCAAGUUCCAGUCAGAGGUGAAGGCCAAAGGGAAAUCCACCCAGCCUCAGUAUUGAUUCUCCUCUACAGCACAGAUACAAUGCUGUUUAGGUGCAGCACUGACUACUGCAUCAAAUCAACUUUCUACACCAGCUUUUUUUGAAAUGGGCUUUAACCAUCCAGACAGGGUGGGUGGAGAGUCCUCCUUCUGGUCUACUCAGUAUCUGAAUCUUGUCAGUUUUGGAAGCCAAGUACCUAUGAUGGAAGUUGUUCAUAAAAUAACUUGUACAACAAUGCACUGGCAAGCUAGUAAAAUGUGCAUAUUUAGAUGCUUGAAGAAUUCUUCCACAAGAGGGCAGGUAGCUGUGAUUCAGUUCACAGACUUCUAUGAGUAAGUGUGAAACUAAAUCAAGAUACUUGCUUGCAAAAUUCAUGCUUUUCGGGUGGAAGCAAAGUAGAUAAAACUGAAUCAGCCCAGCAAAUGAACCAGGGCUACUAUAUUACAAAUGAUGCAGUCAUAGCAACUACUGUGGUAGCAAAUGAACUUUUGCCAACCCUUCAGACUGAAUAUGGAAAGUACAGAUUCAUUCAUGAUUAUUAUUUUGGAAGAUGAGUAUUCAAGAUGAGCAUAGAAACUGAAAAAAUCAACAGCCCCUCAGUGACAUCCUCCCAUAACACAGAAGAAAGGAAGCUCUCUCUAUUGAACGGACUCAGCUUGUUGACAAGUAGAAGAACUGGGGCUAACUCAGGAACAUCAACAAUGGUGCUGGAACAGAAGAGCACGAGCCUGUCCUCACUGUGUGGUGCUCCUUUUCUGUCUCCCCAAAAGACUGCAUAGGAGCCUUUUUUAAAGAGAGCUGUUUACAUUGUAUUUUUAAGUGGCAUGUAAUUAAUUACUCAGUGCUAAAGUCAUUGUAUUCAUGGAAAGUGUGAUUUUUUAAAAUGGAAGCUGUAAGUCUCAACAGGCAUUCAAUUAAAAGGCUUGA